AUGACAGUGCCUGCCACAUCUCAGAUCAUCUUUUCCAAAGCUAUUUCCAGUACAUCUAUAAAGUUUAGGUGGUCCAACGUCACAGGGGCGGACAGCUACAUCUUGUUUGUGGAGAGGCUGCUUGGUUCUCCUGCAGAAAAAUACAACCAGACCUUCACAACCCUGGAUGGACAAGUGGACGGCCUGACUCCUUCUACAGCUUACAACUGUUUCAUUUUCUCAUCAAACAGUGCCGGAAGAGUGGUGCCGCCACCAACCGGUGUGACUAUUACAUCGACGGGAAAGAGCACAGCCCGGGUAACGUGGAACUCUGUGAGUAGAGUCCUGCUCUAUCAAGUGGCCGUGCGUGACAACGGCAAACCCAGCAACGCCCCGGUCAUCAGAACCACUUCGAAGACGUCCCUGGACAUCAGUAACCUGGAGCCCUGCUCUACAUACAUAGUGGGAGUUUCAUCAGUCAACUUCUUCUUAGAUCCUGGGGAGGCCUUUAAUGUUGAACACAAUACCUCCACCAUUAAACCGGUGACGUCCAUCUCUGUGGACUACAGCUGCUCCAGCGGCUUGGUGAACGUUACUUGGGAUUUGGUAUUUGGGGCCAGCUCGUACAAAGCCUCGGCCGUCGAUAGCACUGGUGCAGCCCUUAACUGUACAUCGGCCUCCAACAGCUGCCACAUCACCAUGCUCAAAUGUGGUGAGAAAUACCUGGUCCAUGUGACCGCCAUCUCUGACGACUGUGAGAGUACCUCCAACAUCACCUACUUGUUCGAGACAGUUCCCUGUGCUCCAGCUAAUCCUCAGACCCGUCACGACUGCUCCAGCAAUGUGAUCUUCUUUAGCUGGGAGCCCACCAACAACACCCUCUUCUAUGUGGCGACGGCUGUGGACAACAGUAGCAAGACGACUGAAUGCAGGACCCCAGACACCAUAUGUUACUUCACUAAUACGGGCUGUGGUCAGUACUACACGUACACCGUGUACGCUGUCAGCACUGGAUGUAACACCGAAGCCAGCCAACCCAUGUUUGUCCGGACCUCUCCUUGUUUACCAACGAAUGUAAAGACGGGAGAAGGGUGUCACUCUGACAAGCUGGUCACUAACUGGGAUCGUGCUGCUGGAGCUCUUUCCUACAAGGUGGAAGCACAGGGGAACACCGGAGAAACCUACAACUGCACCUCCUCCGACGAGAGCUGUGAGGUGACCGGGGUGCCGUGUGGUGAACACCUCAGUAUAUUUAUCGUCGCCUCCAAUGACAACUGCUCCACUAACAGGGUGUUGGGAGAUGUUGCUCAGACUGUUCCCUGCGCCCCUGACAAUGUCGGAGCAAUAGUCGACUGCAGCCAAGACUCUGCCAGAGUUAACUGGACGAUGGGCAGAGGUGCUAUAUCCUACUAUGCCAUUGCUGUGGAUGAAAAUGGGAAUUCGCACAGUUGCAAUUCAAGGGGCACCAACUGCUUGAUCGAAGGCCUGAGAUGUGGACAGAAUUACACUGCCAGCGUUAUCGGCACCAACUUUAAUUGCAACAGCAGCGCCAGCAAGAAGGUCACCUUUAUGACAGCUCCUUGUCCUCCAACCAACAUUGUGGCAAACAGAGACUGUGAUGCCAACCACGCUGUAAUAUCCUGGCAGGGCAAUCAGCGCGCAGGCCUCUACACAGCCACCAUAAAGGAUCAGAGCGGUGCUCAGCUCAACUGCACAGUCGACUCGGACAUCUACUGCAAAAUCACCUCUCUGCCCUGCGGAAAGACAUACAACGUCACCGUCACCUACAAUGAUGGAAACUGUGCGUCCACCUCGACGCCUAUCAGCAUGGACUCAGUGCCAUGCAGUCCUGAGGAUGUGAGGGCCAGUGUGGCCUGCGUUACCGGCGAGCUGGCGUUCACCUGGAACGUGUCAGCUCCUGCAGAGAACUACAACGCUAGGAUCUCCAGAGGAAUGGGUCAUCCUCUGUACUGCAACUCUACAGAGACACAGUGCACCACGGGAGGGUUGUUUUGUGGAAGCUCCUACAGGGUGACCGUCUCCUCCGUCACCGGGACGUGCUUCAGUCGGCCAAGCACAGAGGUCACAGUGCAAGCAUUGCCGUGUCCUCCCACCAACGUCACAGCCGUGCACGUGUGUGCUCCGGAUCCAGUUCCUGUGUCGUGGGUGGCCAGCGACAGUGCCAAAUACUACACUGCUGUCGCCGUGAGCAGCCGAGGUCACAGGUCAGAGUGCACGACCAAUAAAACUUACUGCAGCCUCCCUGGACUCCAGUGUGGGGAGGUUUACACCAUCGGUGUGUCAGGAGCUGAUGACAACUGUACAGGUCAACAGAGUGACACUGUCUCUUUGAACACAGAGCCAUGUCCUCCCUCUAAUGUAUCCAGCCAGCUGAUGUGUAGCGCUGCCACUGCGCAGGUGUCUUGGCCCCCCGGUCUGAAUGCAGUGAGCUAUAACGUGACAGCCACCAGCAACGGACAGACCCUCACCUGCAGCCGCCCCAGUCCCAACUGCACGCUGAGUAACCUGGUUUGUGGCCAAGCGUACGACAUCCUUGUGACUGCCACUGACGGCACCUGUGUCAGCAACUACAGUGUCCCCUUCAGACAAGAUCCAGGUACUGAGAGAGACAUUUGA